AUGAAGCUCUUCGCCUACAUCCUUGCCAUCGCUGCUGCUUCUGUAGCCGUGAUUGCUGCCCCAGCCCCUGCUGCCGAAGUUGCCGAAGCUCAGCUUGAGGCUCGUGCCCCUGAGCCCGUCGUUGAGAAGAAGUGGUGCCAUAUCCCCGGCCAGCCCUGCUAG